CUUGACAAUAGGGGCGAUGAAUGAAUGCUCCUUGUGAAGCAUCAAGGCAGCAACAAUACUGUACUGGCGACAUUGGGUGACGACAACGGGAUACAGGGCUGAAGUUAGAAGCAACAUUGACCGUAAUCUAUCUACAAUUCAACAGAAAACCAUUCACUAGAAGCACAGCACGAGGGCAACCUCAAACACAUCCCUCAAGAUGGCAGCUCCAAUGGACCAGCGCAUCGCCGUUCCCAUCGACGACCCCAACGCCGACACAGAAUGGAAUGAAAUCCUCCGCAAACACAAAAUCAUCCCCGAAAAGCCACCCUCCCCCACCCCCAUGAUCCAAGAAGCCAUCCUCGAAGCCCGCCGCCUCGCCCACGAAAACCGCCUCGAAGGCAAAGACCUCUCGGACCUCGAUUCUCUCGAAGACGAAGAAGACGAAGAUUUCCUUGAAUCCUACCGCCAGAAACGCCUCCAGGAGCUAUCGGCCCUCUCCAAAAAGUCCAUCCACGGCUCUGUCUACCCCCUAUCCAAGCCAGACUACCAACGCGACGUAACCGAAGCCUCCAACAACGGCCCCGUCUUCGUCCACCUCGCCUCCUCCCUCUCCACCAACGUCGAGUCCCGCGUUCUGGGCCAACUGUGGCGUCAGGCAGCAGAGGAAUACGGUGACAUCAAGUUCUGCGAGAUGCCCGCUAACCGAGCGAUCGAGGGGUACCCCGAGAAGAACUGCCCUACCAUCUUGGUUUACAAAAACGGGGAUAUUGUCAAGCAGAUUGUCACGCUUAUGACGGUGGGUGGGCCAAGGAUGAGCAUGCUCGAGUUGGAUAACCUAUUGGUUGAAGUGGGGGCAGUGAAGGAGAAUGACAUGCGGGUGUUAAAGCGGAGGAGGGAGGCGGAAGAUGCCGAGGAGGAGAGGAUUGUCAACAAGGGGAUCAAGAGCAGUUCUGAUAGGAGGAAACAGGACGAUGAUGACAAUGAUUGGGACUGAGCAAAGAACGCCACAUGGACCAGAUGUGGUACUACGGCGGCAUAACGUUGCCGGGUGAGUCAUUCGGUGAGGGCAAGCAACACACGUAUCGCAUUUCGGCAAGCCGAAAAGGGGAACGGUGUGACUGGCAUGUUCGUGUUCUCGUGGUGGCAAUACAUUGCUGAUCAAGCUUUGCCUGGUAGAAACCGUGAAAGCUUAGAGCUUGUUGUCCACGUGUUCAUCUGCCUGUCUAGGCCGGAGCAGCUCAUGAGGUUGUAUCUGUUUUUUGCCAUCCGGCUUGUUUCGGCGAAGCGCGGUUGCCGGUGGAACAACAUGGUAGAGAAAGGCGGCCGGAAGUGCAAAAGCAACCGGCGAUCGCCAAUGUAUACCAAAGUAAUAAUUCAGGCUGUAUGAUAGCCAUAACUCAAACAUUGGCGCCAGUGGGAGUGGAG